GCCUGGGGGCGGAAGGACCGGUCGAGCCGGCUGGACGCCUCCCGGGCCGGCGCCCCGCCCCUCGCCCCUCGCCCCCCGCUUUCUGUUCCUCUCCGCCGGGGGUCGGCAGCGGAGCGCGUGGGGCCGUGCCCGGGUCGGGGGGCCCUCGGUGUCUGUCGGGGGUCCGGUGACCCCGCUCCCCUUCCCCCCUUCUCCAGCUCCCCUGGCGGGGGGGGGGAGCCGCGGCGGCAGAGCGGUCCCCAGCAUGGAGAAUGGCGAUGGCGGCGGCAGGGCGCCCACCCCCGCGGGGCUGCCCUACUACGUGGCUCUAUCCCAACUCCUGGGCCUGGCCAGCGUGGCGGCCACGGGAGCCUGGCUGGGGCUCUACCGCGGGGGCAUCGCCUGGGAGAGCGCCCUCCAGUUCAACGUUCACCCGCUCUGCAUGGUCAUCGGCAUGAUCUUCCUGCAGGGGGACGCCUUGCUGGUCUACCGGGUCUUCAGGACCGAGUCCAAGCGCACGACCAAAGUCCUGCAUGGACUGCUGCAUGUCGCCGCCUUCGUUUUUGCCCUGAUCGGGCUGGUGGCGGUGUUUGACUAUCACAGGAAGAAGGGUUAUGCCGACCUGUACAGCUUACAUAGCUGGUGCGGACUCCUCGUCUUCAGCCUCUACUUCAUUCAGUGGCUGGCUGGCUUCAGCUUCUUCCUGUUCCCCGGAGCGUCUUUCUCCCUCCGCAACCUGUACCGGCCGCAGCACGUCUUCUUCGGGGCGGCCCUCUUCCUGCUGUCCGUGGGCACGGCCCUGAUGGGCAUCAAGGAGGCCCUGCUGUUUGGACUAGGGACCAAGUACAGCCUCUUCCCAGCCGAGGGCAUCCUGGCCAACGUCCUGGGCCUGCUCCUCCUCUCCUUCAGCGUGGUGGUCACCUACAUCCUCACCCGGCCCGGCUGGCGGCGGCCUCCCCGGCCCGAGGAGCAGGCCCUCUCCAUGGACUUCAAAACCCUGACCGAAGGGGACAGCCCCGGGGCCGGCCAGUGACGGCCACGAGGUGGGGAUGAGUGCCCCCUCCUAACCUCGGCCAGCUGUAUGUGCUGUGGUGUCUGUCUCCCCUGCCUCACCUUCCCCCUGCCACCCGCCUCCUCCCGCCUCCCCAGGGCAGAACGGGAUGUUAGAAGCCAGUCGCCCACCCCAUCCACCCACACCCACCCGCACCCACCCGACUCUGCUCUGGGGGUGAAGGCAGAAAGUGGCACCUCUGCUGCCGGCACCCUUCACCACAGCGGCGCAGAGAGCCAGUGGGGUGGUCGGUUGGUCUGCCUCGGUGCCCGGCCCGUGGCCCAGGGAUGGGGCCGGCAUUGGGACUGGCUGUCAGUCCUCCUCGGUGUCCGGCCUGGGGCCUGGGCUGCGGGGCCAGCAGCACUCCCUGCCUCCCUGCCUCCAGAGCGGAGCCGGAGCGGGGCCCAGCUCCGACCUGACGCUCCCUGCGGGCCGCCUCGCUAACCCCGGAUCUCCUUAGUUUCCAAGUGGCUGAGGCUGGGCCGUGGGGCUGGAGGGCUAGCACCCAUGGGUUGGAAGAUGGGGGUGUCUGAGUGUUUGUACGCAAGUGCCCUCCUCACCCCUAUAGUGAAAAAUUGCACCUACUGCUUUCUGUUUUAAGGAGGCCCCUCCUCCUCCCUGGACCCGUCCCCGCCCUUCCUCCUUCCGGUCCUCCUGUGUUCCUUCUCCCGUGGCCUCUGGGGCUGAGAACCCUCUCUCGCUCCAGUAGCCGAGGUUGUGGGGACCGUGUCCCCGGCCCCUUGCCUCAGUGGGCUUUAGUUGGUUCUGGAACUGUUGCUGUAGUCUCGGCCUCGGGCCGGUAACAAUACGUGAAUGGUGUCUCAGUCUCCCCCUCCCCGCGCUGCUCUCUCUCUCCCUCAGCCCUGCACGUGCGUGUGGUGGUCCUGCCUCCUGUCGCUUGGCCCCGCGCCCCAAGCUCAUCCCUCCCGAGGCUCAGGCCUCAGCCAACUGUUAACCUUUUUAGGGAGGUGGGGGCGGGGGGUUGGGGGCGGCUGGGGGGCCUAGACGCUCCCCAGCCAGGCUUGGCCUGCGUUUCUCAGAGCCAGUGUUCCAGCUGUGCAGAAUGGAAGUCCCACGAGGGCAGGGCCUUCCGCCCCUAGGAGCCUGCCUGACACAGCUGGCGGGGGGGGCGGGACCUAGACCCUGCCGACCCCUUGGCAAAAUAAAAACCACACACUGGGAAGGAAUCUGAGCCAGACUGGGAAGAGUCAUUGCCUAAUUCUUGGAAAUGGUGGGAUAGUUCCCAAAAGUGAUUUUUCUGCUGGCAGGACUAAGGGCAGGGGUCUGCCAAUAAGGGCUGGUGCGGCCAGCGCCCUGCCUUAUCAGGACCCGUUUCCCCUCAGUCCAACCACCCGCUCCCCCGGUGCCCCUCCUUCCCCCUCCUCCGCCCCGGCUCCUCUCCUGCGGCGAUGUCCACGGUGGCAUCUGUGUGUGCGUGUGGCCGAUGGGACUGAUCGAAUAAAUGUGUGCAGCUCACCUCUUA